UACUCAGUUGGUUGAAACCUGCGAUUGCUAUGCCCCAGCCGAUGUUGACAGACGGAAUCCCACUGGAUGCUGUGUCCCCGCCGCAAUCGGCUCCAAAUACUUCAUCAGAUGCCGAGCUCGAACGGGAGUGGGAAAUUUUGGGCGUCCUCGGUCCGUUGGCAGCAAGCAAAAGGUCUGCCGCUCUCAUGCUGGUCAUAAAUUUUAUGCCCAGGAUAGUGCACUCCUGCACAGCCAUGUUACGGGCCUUUAUUCCAAUGGUUAACAAGUGUCAACUGGAUGAAACACCGCGACAGUUUUUUGUGAAAGAACAAAGCCACUUGACUGCCUUACGACUCCUAAACGAUCUCAGAAAGCUUAAGCUGGAUUGUCGAUCGUUGGAUAAAUCGCUAGAGAACUUGAUGGCUUUGCAAGAGUAUGUCACAAUCGAUGCUCCCAUCACCGCAAAAGAGGCUGUAUGCGGGCAUGUUGUUCGGCUGUCAUUCUGUGUAGCAGAGUUGCAGGAAUGGCUUUCGCGUUUAGCAAAUGAGAUUCCCAUCGACUGGGAAGCCGUAACUAGCCACACAUUGAGUUGUUUCCGUAAUGAAAUACAAAACGGCUUUCCCUACCGGGCACAAAGUAGCCCUUCGUCCGAUCCCUCAGAACUAAUAGUUCGAUUGACUGAUUUUCAAAUCACCAGGCUUAUUGGUGCGGGAGGAUUCGGGAUGACUCAGAAAGCCACCAUUGGCGAUAUCGAAAUUAUCAUAAAGUUUGUUCCAGCAAGCAAGGUAGGCGUUCCAAGGUUUGCCUGCAUCGACAAAGUAGUAGCAUGUGUAGUGAACCAUCCAUGCUUGGUCAACAUCUUUGCAUGUUUUGCUGUACAAGACGCCUUCGUUACGUGUAUGGAGUACGUGCGCGGCGUAGACCUUCAUAAGGUGCUCAAGGUUUCAAAAGUGUUUCCUCGUGAUGUUUUGCAAUUAGUGGCCGCUCAGCUAGGACUUGCCAUUCAGCAUCUACAUUUCAAAGGUUUUAUUCAUCGUGAUGUUAAGCCUUCAAACGCAGUAAUUAUGCCUGAUUGCCGAGUUAAACUGAUCGAUUUCGACACUGCUAAGCUAUGCGAAGGCCGAUACGUAAGCCUGACUGCCUAUUGGCGUAAUACUGCUCGCGAAAUUGGAGAUAGGGAGCAUGCCGGAACGUUACACUUUUACGCACCUGAGGCAGUUAAAAAGGAACCGUACGGGAGGGCCAUAGAUUGGUGGGCUCUCGGAGUGACCGUGUUCCAGCUGGCAAACGGAUGGAUACCCUUUCGUAAGACGAGAGUGGUUCGUCAGCUCCGAGACAAGAUUUGUCAGGGUCUGCUGAAAUGGAACCCUGUAGCUCAUCUGCUACCGGAAGACAAGGCCCUUAUAUCAAGCCUUCUUCACCGCAACCCACAGGCCCGCCUGUGCAGCCGAAACUACGCUGAUUUUCAAAGCCACGUUUCAUUCAAGGGUAUCAACUGGCAACACUUAGAAAGAGGUGAUCUCAGAAUCGACUUCCCAACUGUGAAAAAGUGUAUGGCACCUUCGAAAGAUUAUUUAGGCCAGUACUCGCCAGUCACCUCACCCGAGGCAGAAAAAAGGAAACAAAAAUUGUUUAGCGUUGAAGUUUUCAAGGAGGUGAAAGAGCACUAUAAGCUGUAUACCUUCACAACGAGACGCUUCCAGGAGUGCAUUCAAAAGCAUAGAGCUGGUAUAGUCGUCGAAGCAGAAGACCUCUUCGAAGAGCCCGAACUUCUCACAAGCCCUUCUCUUCAGCUUGCGACCUCUGCUGCUGAAACAUGUCAGGCCAUUGAUGUUCGCAUAAUAUUAUGUGGUAACAGUCCUUUACCUGAGGGGGCUGGCUUCAGCGUCAUAAAAGAACCUUGCUUGUCAGGCGCCAAACUUGACAUUGUUCAUAACGUGACAGCAGGGUCACCCGCACAACAAGCCGGACUUCUUCGCAGCGAUAUAAUUUUAAAAUGGAGAGAAGCGCGUUUAUCCAACAACAAUCGCGAACUACGCCUACAGAUCUCAUCGCUAGGAACUCUGCGAGCUAUGAACUCAAGACGAUUCAAGCGACUCUUAUACAAUUUACCAAGGCUUCAGGUCCAAAUACGGUCUCUUAAUCAGAACGUGGAAGGUAGUUCUUGCCCAAGCGAUUUCGGAAUUGUCGUUGGCGUAGCACGGUACUGGAGUUCAGCUCAGCCUCAAAACCAAGUUCUGGUAGUCAUUCAAACAAUGCGUGAAAUGGACGCUCAUCCCAGGAUUUUCCCUGGCGAUGUAAUCACAGAAAUAUCCUUGAAACCUGUUCCGGAAAUAAUUACGCCGGAAGUGCUAGAUUACUUCCGAACUAAAAAGGAUUUUCUUUUGCUUCAGGUGGCACCAGUAUCUGGUUUGCGGGUUUUGCGCGGCGGAUAUGGCUCCAGUGGCGCCGAAGAGGUCGAACGGCUUGAAGACGAACUCUUCAAGAAAAUCAAAACGGCCGGGUAUGGGACGAAACAAUCGUCUUACUUAUCGGAUUUCAAACUGGAGGAGGCUAGUCGAGGCACUGCGCUUUAAAGCAUCAGUUAACCUCUACCAAAUAUAGGCUGAAAGCUGAUUGUGGUCGAAACAGAAAUCAAACUUGGGGCAAAACCUGUGAGAGUCGUUCAUCCAAAAAAGCUCAGGUAUUCCAGCGUUUCUUUUCAGAUCGGCGAUAAGCCAGUCAAAGGCAAUUCCGUGAGCAUACUCGUGGUUUUAUCAUUCUUCACCAUUUGUAGUAUACGAUUAUUUAUGAGGAUAUUCGU